UCCACGAUUAAUCCGAAAUCGCCACCCCCUCGUCUUCUUCCCCCCCCCCGCCUCCCCUUCCAGCCGGAAAACAUUGUCAACGUCAUCCCACCGGCAUACCUAUACCCAGCCCACACCACCUUCGCCGCCGAUUCUCCAUCCCGAUCCCCGACAUCGAAACUCGCGGCGAAGUUUUUUUUAAACGAAGCCGAAAAACCGAGACUCAGACCAACCGAAAAAACGCGACGUCGUUUCGCCAUCCUUUCCCAAAUUCCUUCCUCGCCUGCCGGCCGAUUGCCUCACCGGCGAUUCAAAGGUUUUGGCUCUUCAAGAUAGUUUAAUUUACGUGUGGAGUAAUUAUCAUAUAGGAUCCAUGGUCCACAAUGGCCUUCUUUAGGAACUAUUCUGCUGAAACAAUCUCAAACAGAGCUGAAGAAAAGGGUCAGAAUCCUGGUAGAAUGGUUGGAAGCGAGGAUGUUGAUGGGACUUCCAGUGAAAGAGAAUUCGAUAUGAACAUCGAUCCACGGUAUGAAAGUGAGACUGAACUAGGGGAGAGUAGGGUGCCGGAUGAUGGAGCUCCUGACCAUGAAGCUGGUGCAAGUAAUUCACAUUUUCAGCCUUCUUCUGGAAAGGGAAAUGUGUCUGGGAAAUGGGGUUCAAGUUUUUGGAAAGAUUGCCGACCUAUGAGUGCUCAGGGGGUAUCUGAUUCGGGGCAGGACUCAAAAUCAGACUUCAAGCACGUCGAGGGUUCAGACGAUAAUGUAUCAGAUGGCGAGGAUGACAGGUUAGAAUCAGAGUAUGAUGAAGAGGCAAAAGAAUCACAUAGAGAUUUGAAGGGACAUUAUGAUGUUCCUGCUGAUGAGAUGUUGUCGGAUGAAUAUUACGAGCAGGAUGGGGAAGAUCCAACUGAUUUGACUCACUUUAAGGGUUUUAGCAAUUCAGCUGGUCUGAAUUCUAGGCAACCGUCUAAGCCUGCGCCUGUCAAUAACAAUUCGUCCAGGAGUUCGAGAGCUAUGCGGAAUAAUAGAGAUGAUGACAAUGAUGAGGGUGAUGCUGAUUAUGAGGAAGAGGACGAUGAAGACGACCCAGAGGAUGUUGACUUUGACCCAAACUAUGGUGGCACUAGUGUUCGUCCAGGGAAAAAGGAUAAAGACUGGGGUGCUGACUCGGAUGAUGCUGAUGACGAUUUGGAUGUCUCAGAUGAUGAUGACGAUGAUGAUUUUUAUAAGACAAAAAGGCCUAAGGGAAGACAACGGGGUAAUGGCGGACGUUCUUCAAAAUCUGCAAGAGAGCGCAGGCCCACACACACUCAAGCACGGCCUAGAAGAGGCAAAUCAUCAUAUGAAGAGGAUGAGUUCUCUGCUGAGGAUUCUGAGAGUGAGAGUGAUGAAGACUUUAAGAGUCUGACUAGAAGAGCAAAUAUUCGGAAGUCUAAUGCUCGCUCCACUAUGUUGGCACAUACUAGUGGACGAAACAAUGAAGUGCGUAGUUCUGGUAGGUCAGUCCGGAAGGUGUCAUACGUUGAAAGUGAUGAAAGUGAAGAAAUUGAUGAGACAAAGAAGAACAAAUCUCAAAAGGAGGAAAUUGAGGAAGAAGAUGGAGAUUCCAUAGAAAAGGUGUUGUGGCAUCAGCCAAAGGGAAUGGCUGAAGAUGCCCUUAGGAAGAAUAAAUCAGCAGAACCUGUUCUUGCAACUCACCUUUUCACUUCCGAGCCAGAUUGGAAUGAAGUGGAGUUCUUGAUAAAGUGGAAAGGACAGUCACAUUUGCAUUGUCAGUGGAAAUCUUUCUUUGAACUACAAAAUCUCAGCGGUUUUAAGAAGGUGCUGAACUAUACCAAAAAAGUAGUAGAAGAUAUCAGGUAUCGGAGGAUGCUUUCGCGUGAAGAGAUUGAGGUCAACGAUGUGAGCAGGGAAAUGGAUUUGGAUCUUAUAAAACAAAAUAGCCAGGUGGAAAGAGUUGUUUCUGACCGAAUAAGCAAAGAUAGCUCUGGUAAUAUUAUACCGGAGUAUCUAGUCAAGUGGCAAGGACUCUCUUAUGCUGAGGCCACCUGGGAAAAGGAUGUCGACAUUGCAUUUGCUCAAGACGCGAUAGAUGAAUAUAAGGCACGUGAGGCGGCAAUUGCAGCUGUACAAGGGAAAAUGGUGGAUUUUCAGCGGAGGAAAGGCAAAGCAAGCUUGAGAAAGCUUGAUGAGCAGCCUGAAUGGUUGAGAGGAGGAAAGCUUCGUGAUUAUCAGCUGGAGGGCUUGAAUUUUCUUGUGAACAGCUGGAGAAAUGAUACGAAUGUCAUUCUAGCUGAUGAGAUGGGUCUUGGGAAAACGGUGCAGUCAGUUUCAAUGCUUGGGUUUCUUCAGUAUGCUCAGCAGAUCCCUGGCCCAUUUCUUGUUAUUGUGCCUUUGUCCACACUAUCUAACUGGGCGAAAGAAUUUAGAAAGUGGCUUCCAGAUAUGAACAUAAUAGUAUACGUUGGUACGCGUGCCAGCCGAGAGGUUUGCCAACAAUAUGAGUUCCACAACGAGAAGAAAGUUGGUAGGCCAGCAAAGUUUAAUGCACUGCUGACCACAUAUGAAGUUGUUCUGAAAGACAAAGCAGUGCUGUCAAAGAUCAAAUGGAACUAUAUGAUGGUUGAUGAAGCUCACAGGUUAAAGAAUAGUGAGGCGCAGCUGUACACGACUCUCUCUGAAUUCAGUACCAAAAACAAGUUGCUGAUCACUGGCACUCCACUGCAAAACAGUGUGGAAGAACUAUGGGCUUUGCUGCAUUUCCUUGAUCCAGAUAAAUUCAAGAACAAAGAUGAUUUUGUCCAGAACUACAAGAAUCUUAGUUCAUUCAAUGAAAAUGAGCUUGCUAAUCUGCAUAUGGAAUUGAGGCCCCAUAUCCUCAGAAGAGUCAUUAAAGACGUGGAGAAAUCUUUGCCUCCAAAAAUUGAGCGUAUUUUGAGGGUGGAAAUGUCCCCUCUACAGAAACAGUACUAUAAAUGGAUCUUGGAACGCAACUUCCAUGACUUAAACAAAGGAGUUCGUGGAAAUCAGGUGUCACUUCUUAACAUUGUGGUGGAGUUGAAGAAAUGUUGUAAUCAUCCCUUUCUCUUUGAAAGUGCUGACCAUGGUUAUGGGGGUGAUACCUUUGAUGAUGGAAGCAAAUUGGAGAGAAUUAUCUUGAGCAGUGGAAAGCUAGUAAUACUUGACAAAUUGCUUGUCCGAUUGCACGAGACAAAACAUCGUGUUCUGAUUUUUUCACAGAUGGUCAGAAUGCUGGACAUACUUGCCGAGUAUAUGUCACACAGAGGGUUUCAAUUUCAGAGGCUUGAUGGGAGUACCAAGGCCGAGUUGCGUCAUCAGGCAAUGGAGCAUUUUAAUGCACCUGGAAGUGAUGAUUUCUGCUUUCUUCUAUCAACUAGGGCGGGUGGUCUUGGUAUAAACCUUGCAACGGCUGACACAGUUAUAAUAUUUGAUUCAGAUUGGAAUCCACAAAACGACUUACAGGCUAUGAGUAGAGCUCACAGAAUUGGACAACAAGAAGUUGUUAACAUCUAUAGAUUUGUGACAAGCAAAAGUGUUGAGGAGGAUAUCCUCGAGCGAGCUAAAAAGAAAAUGGUUCUUGACCAUUUGGUUAUCCAAAAGCUGAAUGCUGAGGGGAGAUUAGAAAAGAAAGAAGCAAAGAAGGGAAGUUAUUUUGACAAAAAUGAACUGUCUGCAAUUUUGCGGUUUGGGGCUGAGGAACUCUUUAAAGAAGAAAGAAGUGAUGAAGAAAACAAGAAAAGGCUCUUAAGCAUGGAUAUUGAUGAAAUCCUGGAAAGAGCGGAGAAGGUUGAAGAGAAGGAAGGUGAACAAGAGGAAGGGCAUGAACUGUUGAGUGCAUUUAAGGUUGCAAAUUUUGGUUCUGCGGAAGAUGAUACAAGUUUCUGGAGUAGGUGGAUAAAACCAGAUGCUGUAGCUGAUGCUGAAAAUGCUUUAGCUCCGCGUGCUGCAAGAAAUACGAAGAGUUAUGCUGAGACUGACCCAGCCGAGAGAAGCAGCAAACGGAAAAAGAAAGCUUCUGAGCCACCAGAACCGCAGGAAAGAGCACAGAAGCGUAGAAAAGCAGCAGAUCAUUCUGCCCCAUUGGUGUCAAUGAUUGAUGGAGCUUCUGCUCAAGUCAGAGAUUGGUCGUAUGGGAAUCUGUCUAAGAGGGAUGCCUUACGCUUUUCUCGCGCGGUAAUGAAAUUUGGGAAUCUUAGCCAACUUGAUUUGAUAGCUGCUGAAGUUGGCGGAGCCUUUGCAGCAGCUCCACAAGAUGCACAGAUUGAGCUUUUCGAUGCCUUGGUAGAUGGUUGCAAAGAGGCUAGUGAAGUAGAAAGUAUGGACCCAAAGGGGCCAUUGUUAGAUUUUUUUGGUGUUUCGGUGAAGGCCAACGAUUUGCUCACUCGUGUUCAAGAACUGCAGCUACUGGAAAAACGAAUAAACCGUUAUGAGAAUCCUGUUGCACAAUUCCGUGUGUUGUCAGAUCUCAAACCUUCAAACUGGUCCAAGGGCUGUGGCUGGAAUCAGAUUGACGAUGCAAGAUUGCUUCUGGGCAUAUAUCACCAUGGGUUUGGUAACUGGGAGAAGAUAAGAUUAGAUGAAAGGCUUUGCCUCUCCAAGAAGAUCGCCCCAGCAGAACUCCAACACCAUGAGACAUUUCUUCCUCGUGCCCCUAAUUUGAGGGACCGGGCUAAUGCUCUCUUAGAGAUGGAACUUGCAGCUGCCGGGGGUAAGAAUGCCAAGGUUAAAGCAGGACGGAAGGCUUCUAAGAAGGAAACUGGGCCUCUCGUAAAUUCUUCAGCACUUCGAAUGAAGGACAAGAAGGUGAAACCUAAUUUCGGGACAGUUAAUAAUACCCAUAGCAGCAGGAAUAGGCAAAAUCAGAAACCACAACAGAGAGUUGAGCCGCUAGUGAAAGAGGAAGGUGAGAUGUCAGAUAAUGAGGAACUUAGCGUGCAAUUUAAGCAAAUGAAAUGGACUGAGUGGUGCCAUGAUGUCAUGGUUGAUGAGAUAAAAACGUUAAAGCGACUCCACAGACUGCAGACUACCAGUGCGGACCUCCCAAAGGAAAAGGUACUCUCAAAGAUCCGGAACUAUUUGCUGAUAAUUGGAAGAAGAAUCGACCAAAUAAUAUCAGAAUACGAAGACCUUUAUAAGCCAGAUAGAUUAGCAAUGAGGCUGUGGAAAUAUGUUUCAACCUAUUCAAAUCUAUCCGGAGAGAGACUCGAACAGACAUACUCGAAACUGAAAAAGGAGCUGGAUGAAGAGGCAGGGGUGGGACCCUCGUAUAUGAAUGGAGAUGGAGAUUCGUCAAAUUAUUUCCCUCAAUUUUCAGGUCAUGCUGAUAGGCAGAGAGGGCAGAAAUCUGGUUAUCAAUUGUCCGAUCCUACUCCAAAAGGUCUCGACACUGCGAAAUUCGAAGCAUGGAAAAGACGGAGAAGAGCUGAAGCUGAUAUACCUUUACAAACACAGCAUACCCUCCCCCAAGCUCAACCACGGUUGAUGAAUACUAAUGGCAACCGUGUAGUUGACCCUAAUUCAUUGGGGAUCCUUGGUGCAGCACCAUCUGAUAAUAGGCAGCUCAGUAAUGGGAGGCCUUACAGAAUGCGUCAGGCUGGUUUUCCUCCAAGAUGAAAAGAACUUCCCGUCAGGGUACAAACUAAACCCAAGUGCUUGACGGAAUGAGGAGAUUCAAGUGAAAGACCAAUCAUGCCCCCAUGGGCAUUCCUCUUUGGUCACAUUAUUACAAGCUCAGCCACUGGGGGACACUGCAUCAGCCGUUUGGGGCACUGGCAGUGCUAUUCUUUUUCACUCUAUUAAAUAAACCUUUGGAGCUCACUGCUCGUGGUUCUUUUGUUGCUGAUACCGAAGAUAUCCGCGAGAUGGGGAACUGGCAUAAACUGUGAAAGGUGGCUGGUUGGAUGGGGGAAGAAAUCUGAUAGUCGGUUUGACGUAUAAGCAGGAGGAAACAGUUUUGCUUGCGCGACAGUUCUAGUUCUUGGUAGAGAAUCUGUGAUGGAGGAUUGAUUUGUUUUUACAUACAUAGUAAAGAGUUUAGAAAAAGAGAUUAGUAACUCCUCACUUUGAUCUGGAACUCAGAGAAGUGAGUAGCCUGAGAACAGUUUACAUGUAUGAUGAUUUAAUGGGAGAGAAGUUGUACAUUUUAUCAAUUUUGUGCCAUUUUGAAGAGUAGUAGCUCAUUUUUAUCUACCACCUGGAUGAAUGGCUGAAUGAAUCCCCGUCCUCCCCCUCUCUCUUUCUUCCAUGCAGUGGUGAAUUGCUUCUAGGCCAAGGAUAAGGCUGCCAACUCUGUGAUGCAGCUGACCUGGUGCUGCUGUGCUGCUUCCGGCUUGUGUUCCGUAAGCAGAGCCUGGUCGAGCACACAUCGAUCGGUUACUAAAGAGGCCCGGCAAGUCGAUGUUGGAGUAACAACUAUGUACGUAGUUCACCAAUUGGAAGGUGGUGGUAAACGGUUAAAAAUUCGGAAGAGCAGAAAAGACCAGAAAUAGGUUGCAUGUCGUACUAUUGUAUUGUGUAUAUUAUGGUGGAUUGAUGGUAGCCGCAGGAGACCAAUCGCGGGUAAAUUCUUAUCCCAAGUGAGAGAUCUUGCGAAGGGAGAGUAGGCCCCACUUUGUUGGAUUAGUGUAGUCGAGGCUUGUGGUUCUUUCUUCCCUUUCCUUUUUACAUAUAGAAAUCCCCAACUUCCCUCUCCUCCGUUCUCUACCGUUUGGCCUUGUUUUAAAUAUAACCACUCUUUGUCUUGUGUAUUGCUUGCCCCUCGCCAAAACACGCACAUCGGUCGCCGGAGAAUUCCCGGGCGAUAGGGCCGGAAGGAGAGUGAGCCCUGAAAAGAUAAUUACUCUGUGAAAACAUGGAUUACACAUAUGCACCCGGCAGGAACCACCUGUUCGUCCCCGGUCCGGUCAACAUCCCGGAGCCGGUCCUUCGCGCCAUGAACCGAAACAACGAGGAUUACCGCUCCCCUGCCGUCCCUGCUCUCACCAAGACACUCCUCGAGGACGUCAAGAAGAUCUUCAAGACCACUACCGGCACUCCCUUCCUCUUCCCCACCACCGGUACGGGGGCAUGGGAGAGUGCUCUCACCAACACUCUGUCGCCAGGGGACAAGACGAUUUCGUUCCUGAUUGGCCAGUUCAGCCUGCUGUGGGUUGAUCAGCAGAAGCGCCUGGGCUUCGAUGUUGAUGUUGUGGAGAGCGAUUGGGGUGAAGGUGCCAAGCUCGAUGUCCUCGCAGCUAAGCUUGCUGCCGACCCUUCGCAUACCAUCAAGGCGAUUUGCAUCGUUCACAAUGAGACUGCCACUGGUGUCACCAACAACUUGGCCAAGGUCAGAAAGAUUCUCGGUGAGUGUCACAUACAGGACUAUUAUACAACUUGCAAUUAAUUUCUUUUGCAUCUUAUCUUGGUACCUGAAAAUGAGGGUCUUUUUGUUUUUUGUUUUGUGUGGUUGGAGUGCAGAUGAUUACCGCCACCCGGCUCUGCUCCUGGUGGAUGGAGUGUCCUCAAUCUGUGCACUUGAUUUCCGUAUGGAUGAGUGGGGAGUGGAUGUGGCACUGACUGGCUCUCAGAAGGCUCUUUCCCUACCAACUGGGCUGGGAAUUGUGUGUGCAAGCCCUAAGGCUCUCGAGGCUGCAAAGACUGCCAAAUCUUACAGGGUGUUCUUUGACUGGAGUGACUACUUGAAGUUCUACAAGAUGGGAACCUACUGGCCAUACACACCUUCCAUACAGCUGCUGUAUGGGCUCAGAGCAGCUCUGGACCUUCUCUUCGAGGAAGGGCUCGACAAUGUCAUUGCCAGGCACGCCCGCUUGGGCAAAGCCACUAGGCUUGCAGUGGAGGCAUGGGGAUUGAAGAACUGCACCCAGAAGGAGGAAUGGGUGAGUGACACAGUGACUGCUGUGAUGGUUCCUCCAUACAUUGACAGUGCAGAGAUAGUUAGGAGGGCAUGGAAAAGGUACAACCUCAGCUUAGGCCUGGGGCUUAACAAGGUUGCUGGCAAGGUCUUCAGAAUAGGCCAUCUGGGCAACUUGAAUGAGGUAUGUACAUCUCUCUACUACACACAUCAUUAUGUAAACAGUUCCUUUCUUUCUAUCGAAAUCGUGUAUUCUUAUCGAAGUUCUUGCUCCCCUUUUUUGUUUGAACGAUCAGCUGCAACUUCUGGGGUGCCUAGCUGGAGUGGAGAUGAUACUGAAGGAUGUCGGGUACCCGGUGAAGCUUGGGAGUGGAGUUGCAGCAGCAAGUGCUUACCUGCAGAACGCCAUCCCCCUCAUUCCUUCCAGGAUUUGAUUCAAUAUGAACUACACAAAAAGGGACUACAAAAAGCCUGGUCUUGUAAUUACAGUCCGUUCUGUUUCUCAUUCAGUUCAGUACUGGUUCAAAGUAUGCGGAACACUGUUGUACAAUAUGCUGUUGUAUUAUACAUUUGCUGCUUAUGAUGAUGCUACCUCCUUCUGCAAGGCUUCUCCUUACAUGAGCAUGAAUUUGAAUGAAGCCCUGAUCAUUGUUUAUGUUGAAAUGCAAUCAAGUCCAGUCAGUUUUUUGCAUCUUUGAAAGGAAGAUAAAGGAGAUGAAAAGGUUUUGUUUUUCAAAAGAGAGUUUUCCAUACUGUUGACCUUUUUCGAAAGAAAGGUAUAUUCUCAAUUUGUUGUGGUCACAAAGACUGCUGAUCCCUGUGAGAAGAUGUAAUGCCACAAGUUGGAAAUUUACCAUCCAACGACCAACAUUGACCUUUAGGGUGCUUGUUCAAGUAGUCUAAUUAACUACAACAUUU